GCACCAUUCGUAUACGAAUUGUCUUUUUUCUUUUUCUUUUCCAAAACAACCAUUUACUUUUGCUAAUUUUCUCUAUCUUUAAUGAAUUUUCUCUGAAUCAAUUUCUUUUACACGCAGGUGCAUUCAAUUUCUCAAUUUUCAUAUCUCUAAAAUAUUUGUUCCUCUUGCCAGUGGAUACAAACUUGAAUUCUCCCUUGGUUGUUACAAAAUCUUGGCCGGACCACACCAUUAGCUUUUCUACAGUUUCUCUCUCUAAAAUCAUACGAGUGAGGAGUCUCUCUCUAGAUAGGGCCUGGAAUUAUCUGAUAUAGUAAAGAGUGGGGUCUCAGCGAUGUCCAUGUCCAAGGAGGACAACAACUCUUUCCAUUCUCAGUUAUCAUCUCAUCUCUUCUCUGAUCUUCUUGACUCACUGAUAAUUGAUGUGGCAUCUGAAUGCCACCGGGUAGCAAGAUUGGGCCUUGAUCGAAAUUUGGAGGAAGAAGAAGAAGAGUUGAGACUCUCAGCUCAGGCCAGGGUUAUGGUGGCAGAUUCAAGUAGCAAUUGUGAGACAAAUAGCAAAUAUACGACGGAUAUCUUUGGGCAGACACAUCCGGCUGUUGCAAGUGAGAUCUUUGAGUGCAUGAAUUGCGGGCGCUCAAUUGUGGCUGGUAGAUUUGCUCCUCACUUGGAAAAGUGCAUGGGAAAGGGUCGAAAAGCUCGAAUGAAAUUAACAAGGAGUUCUACUGCUACACAGCAACGUCAGUCUCGUGGGAGCCCUAAUUCCAGCUACACCCCAUAUAUGAAUUCUUCUUCCAAUGUUCACUACAGUAAUUCGAGGGUUUCUAAUGGAACAUCAGGCAUGAUGAUGGAUGAGUAUCAGAAGUCUAGCACUGAACCAACAGAGGGGACGUCUGAAGAGAGCCGUUAAGAUUUAUUGGUUAAGUGAUGAGUUCUUAUUAGUCUAUACAAGCUUUUUGGGUGGUCUGCUUUCAUACAACCUUGCAUGCUUUUCUAGUCAUGAUAUGUAAUCACCUUAUCAGCAGAAGCCUUGAUUAAAAGCUAAUCAGGCAUGGCCUUUGGUAUAUUUUCUAGAAUUACAUGUCUCGUAUUUGGGUUUCGUCCUCCCAUUUUGGCAGAACAUGCAAGGAAAAGCAAGAGAUGGUUUGUAGGUUCUUGUCAACAUUAAUCAUAUCCUUUUUGUUUC